AGCUUUCUGAAAACUUUGUACUUUUAGACCUGGCCUUCCUGAAUAAGCGGUUCACUGAGCUGUUGAGGAGAAUUAGAGUGGAUUGAAGGUAUUUGUAUACAUGACUGGCCACAGUUCACACGCUGGUUCUCUGGAGCUUGGGCUGAGUGAACAUCAGGUUCUUGAUUACCUCUCUUACCAAGGUCCUUCUCACUCAAAUUCUCAGUUUGGCUGGAUGGUCAGCUCUAAGAAGAGUCAUGCUGAGAGGCUCCUGGAAUGUGAAGAAGUGAGUGAAAGCUACUGCCCUUAAUUAAAAUCAUACUGGGCUGUCUUAUGCUGACAAGAGCAGGCUGGCCAGCAGGAGACAUGAAGGCUGCUGUACUGCUUUUGUUUCUCAGCAUUGCGCUCCCUGUGCAAGGCAGCACCCGUCUCUACUACCUAGGAAUUGUUGAAACGCAAUGGGAUUACUUCCCCAGUCGGAGAGACCCCCCGGACUUUGGCAAAGCAAAUUGCACACACGGUCUUGGCAGCAUAUUAAAGAAAGCAGUUUACAAACAAUAUCAUGACGCCAGCUACUCUGUGGAGGUGAGUCAGCCAGCUUGGCUUGGCUUUCUGGGCCCAAUUAUCAAAGCAGAAGUCGGCGACCAAAUUAUCAUUCAUCUGAAGAAUUUUGCAUCUCGGCCAUAUUCCAUCCAUCCACAUGGCGUCCACUACGAGAAGGAUUCAGAAGGAUCUUUGUACCCUGACCAGACCUUUGGAAAAAAUAAGCUUGAUGAUGCCAUUGCACCCAGUGGGUCCCACACUUACACAUGGACUGUGACAGAUGAACAUGCACCCACGGAGGAUGACCCAGGCUGUCUGACGUGGAUCUAUCACUCUCAUGUGGACGCUCCACGGGAUAUCUCCUCAGGACUUAUUGGGCCAUUGCUCACCUGCAAGAAAGGUAUCCUAGAUGGCGUGUCUCUAGCUCGCCUGGAUGUUGACAAAGACUUCAUUUUGAUGUUUAUGAACGUGGAUGAGAACUUGAGCUGGUAUCUGGAUGAGAAUAUUGAGAAGUUUUGCAGUGAUCAUGAAGAUGUGGACAAAGAAAGUGAAGAUUUUACAGCUGGCAAUAAAAAGCACUCUAUCAAUGGAUAUAUGAAUGGGAGUCUACCAGGUCUGGAGAUGUGUGUUGGAAGCACUGUGUCCUGGCAUCUGUUUGGGAUGGGUAGUGAGGCAGAUGUUCACACAGCCUUCUUCCAUGGACAGACCUUGACGGUGAGGCAUCAGCGCACAGAUGUUGUCAGCCUCUUUCCUGCAACCUUUGUGACAGCCAAUAUGCACCCCAGCAAUGCCGGAAAGUGGCUGCUGAGCUGCCAGGUUAAUGAACAUCUAGCAGCAGGUAUGAAGGCCAUGAUGGAGGUGAAAGAAUGCUUUAGAACAUUUUCAACCAAUCUUCUUACAGAAAAGAUCCGCCACUAUUACAUUGCUGCCAAGGAGGUCAUGUGGAAUUAUGGGCCCUUGGGCAUUGAUGGAGAGACGAAAGAGAGUUUACUGAAGGAAAACAGCUAUUCAGAGAUUUUUUUCAAACAUGACAGCAGCAAGGUUGGUGGCACGUAUGUAAAGGCAAGAUAUGCAGAAUUUACAGAUGGGACAUUCCAGACUGAGAAAAAUCAGACAGCAUCUGAAAAGCACUUGGGGAUUCUUGGCCCUGUGAUACAGGUGGAGACGGGGGACAAGGUUCUGGUCACAUUCCGUAACAUGGCAUCCAGACCAUAUAGCAUCCAGCCACAUGGAGUAAUGUAUGAGAAGAAAUCAGAGGGCACAACAUAUAAAGAUGGUGUUUACAAAAAUGGAGCUUCUGUUGCACCUGGACAGUCUUUCACCUAUGAAUGGACAGUCCCUGAUGAAAUUGGGCCUACAGACAAUGAUCCACAAUGCCUGACCCGACUGUAUUACUCGGCAGUAGACCCUGUGAGGGACACCAACUCUGGCCUUGUUGGUCCACUAGUGGUUUGCAGGGCUGGCACUCUGAAUGCAACCACAUCACAGCAAGAGAUGGAUAAGCGGUUCUUUCUUCUGUUUGCCAAGUUUGACGAGAAUCUCAGCUGGUACCUCACUCAGAGCUUGGUGAACGCAUCCCUGAAUCCAGAGGAGACAGAUACAGAAGACAGCAGUUUCAGAGAAUCCAACCUUAUGCAUGCAAUCAAUGGUUUCAUGUAUGCAAACCUUCCUGGGCUGGAAUUGUGUUUGAAGAGCAAUGUCUACUGGCACCUCAUGGGUGUGGGUAGUGAAGUGGAUAUUCAUGGAGUGGUUUUCCAGGGAAACUCAGUGGAGAUCAAUGGGAGACACAAGGACUCUGUGGCGCUUAUGCCUCACACCUUUGCUACUGCCUUCAUGCAACCUGACAAUGUGGGCACAUUUGGAAUUGUCUGUCAAACUAGUGGUCAUUUCCUGGCUGGAAUGAAGCUUGAGUAUCGGGUUGCACAAUGUGGACACGAGGAUCAGCCGUCCAAAGAGUUCUCUAAUGUCCGGAUUGUGUACAUAGCUGCUGAGGAGCUUGAGUGGGAUUACUCUCCUGACCGGAGUUGGGAGUUGAAAAAAGUCAACAAAUCAAUGCAGGACAGUUAUGGUCAUGUCUUUGUUGGCCAAGAGGAGGGUCUCAUAGGGUCGAAAUAUCAGAAAGUGGUGUACAGGGAGUACAUAGAUGGCACUUUCACACAGCGGAAAGCAAGAGGGCAGAGCGAAGAGCAUUUGGGAAUCCUUGGUCCUCUCAUUCGGGCUGAGGUAGGAGAUGUCAUUCUCAUCAUCUUUAAAAACAAGGCUUCACGUCACUAUUCUAUACAUGCUCAUGGUGUCCAAGAACCAAAUAAGGGGAAUGUCUCGGCUACACGACCAGGAGAGAUUGUUACUUAUCGUUGGAAUGCCCUUGAACGCUCCGGUCCUGGCCCAGGAGAUUCAGCUUGCCUCACGUGGGUGUACUACUCCAUGGUCGACCCAGUUAAGGAUCUUCACAGUGGUUUGGUAGGACCACUGGUGAUCUGCAAGAAGGGAACACUCAUGGAUGGAGGUAUCAGGCGAGACAUUGACAGAGACUUCAGCCUUCUGUUUUUAAUUUUCGAUGAAAAUCAGUCCUGGUAUCUCAACAAGAACGUGGAAUUGUACACGGGAAAACAAGUAGACCAGAUUCACAUGGAAGAUGAAAGAUUCCAGGAAAGCAAUAAAAUGCACGCCAUCAAUGGGAAAGUUUAUGCAAAUCUGCAUGGACUGCAAAUGUACGAAGGUGAGCGAGUGGACUGGUAUCUCAUCGGCCUGGGACAAGACAUCGAUAUGCACACAGUUCACUUCCAUGCAGAGACCUUCACCUAUAAAGAUGGUAAACGCUACCGAGGUGAUGUGUUUGAUUUGUUUCCAGCCACUUUUCAGACUGUAGAAAUGGUGAUGAGCAACCCUGGCACUUGGCUUCUACACUGCCAUGUCUCUGACCAUGUCCAUGCUGGCAUGGAGACAGUUUAUACCGUCCUGCCCAGGAAAGGAAUGAAAAUAACUACAAACAAUUCUGGAAAAGACACACAGGGCACUUCAGGGACGGUGGCCCUUUUAGGAAUUCCGCUCUCACCAGGAGCUGCAGAAUUGACUCUUGCACUCCUUUUUGUUGGAUGCAUCGUCUUGCUCAUUAUCAUUAUGUUCCUGGUCUCUUUGCACUGUAUUCUUUCCCAGCAGAAGAAGCCAGACAGAGACUACCUUCAGCCAUUGUCCUUGAGGACCUUCUAGAGCAGCCAUGUUCCCUAUCAGUAUGGGUUUGAGAAGAAAAGAAGCCCCUGCUAUGGCUGUGAGACUGGAAGUACUUACUGACAUACUCAGGCUAGCAUCGGUUCUUUGUCCGUUAGGCUGAACCUACUCAUCUCAAAGUGUCUGGUCAGUAUCACAGAUGCAGCUCUGGAAUAAAUGUUCAUUUGUCAGUUGGAUUAUUUCACAGGAGCAGGACUAACCACCAGCCUUACUUUGCUACUUCAGUUGGUUCUCGCAGACUGACUGAUGUGGUCUAUGCUGGUCUAUUAUGCAGAUUCCCACACGUAAAAUAAUGGCAAGUUUUGUUCAAUAGGGAUGUGUUAGUGUAUGAGAUGGAACUACCCCUGCAGGUACUAUCAUCUGGAUUGCACUUCUAUUCAUUUGAGGAAACCUACAUAAAUUCCCAUCUGGUCUUCAGUGCCCUUACAUAAUUAAGAGAUGGCCAUGUUAACCGCAUUUCUUCGACGUCCUAAUUCACUGAAUGCAAUAUGUCUCCAUGUACUUGUGCCCACCCCACUUUAAUUUUGUUUUUAUUCCAAUUUUUUGAGCUUAGAUUAUACAAAAGUAUUGACGACCUGUAUUCCCUUGUAACUACAACCUUUACAAAAAAAAUAACAAUGAUAAUAAUAAGGUGAUCCACUGACCAGGGGCCUACACUUUUAGCUUCUUUAUUGGAUUCAGCUAUCAUGUUGUGCUACUGCUCAUCUUCAAAUCACCCAGAGCCUUGUCAUUAUUGAUUUAUUUCCAUUGAUGAGUUUCUAUUUGAUCAAUCCUCUUUACAGAAAUUAAUUGCACUCAUAAGAUGCUUUUAUAAAAUAUGUAUAUCAUUUAGUGAGCUCAAAUUUGGCCUCAUUUUCACAUAUAAAAUCAAUUACAAGCAGAUAAGGUUUUUAAUUAGACAGUUAACCAGUUUUUAUUGUAACUCUUGCUUAGCAUCCACAGUAUUGCCUCUCUAAAUAUUAUCACAGUAACAAACAGAGUUUUAACAGGCUGCUGAGUGCCUUAUAUAGUUAAUGGCCACUUUUAUAUACUGUAAUUAUCUCUACACCAAGAACCUUAAAAUUUAACCAGUAGGUCUCAUCUUGAACACUUUGAAUGUUUGGCUGUUUCUUGCCUUGUGCCCCCCUGCAUCCAUGAAUUGAAUUAAGCAGGUUUGAGAAUGGUAUGUUAUGUAACGUAAAGUGUCCCUGAUGAUUUUGUGCUUGUUAGUUUGCUACGGGCCUUCAUGUGAAUUUUGGACUUUUCUUAACUGCUGCAUGGCCAAGACAUUUGACAGGAUGCUUGAAUAAAAUGACCUGUGAC